AUGGGUGCAUCAGGCUUAGGUUCAGCUUUAGCAAAAUGCAUUAAUCUCUCAAAUUUAACACUUGACCUUAAUUAAAAUUAUAUUGGUGAUGAAGGUGCAUCAGGCUUAGGUUCAGCUUUAGCAAAAUGCAUUAAUCUCUCAAAUUUGACACUUAACCUUUUUAAAAAUUAAAUUGGUGAAAUAGGUGCAUCAGGCUUAGGUUCAGCUUUAGCAAAAUGCAUUAAUCUCUCAAAUUUAACACUUGACCUUUGGUAAAAUUAAAUUGGUGAUGAAGGUGCAUCAGGCUUAGGUUCAGCUUUAGCAAAAUGCAUUAAUCUCUCAAAUUUGACACUUAACCUUAAGUAAAAACAGUUUAUUUGUUUUGGAUUGUGA